AUGGUUCAACUUUCGGAAGUUGCCGGACUUCAGUUGAACUUCAAGUACACGAUCAAUUAUUGGUACAUCCGUCCCUCAAUCAACAUGAAUCCACAUCCAACAGUCAGAUUUAACGAUCCUCCAGUGACCAAGUAUUAUUCAACGGAUGUAGAUGAUUCAACACAGUCCCGGACAUCAGCAGAUGAUUUAUACCUUGGGCCGGAUGAUGACAUAGAAGAUGAUUCCAUGUCGUCCAGUGGUCCAGAUGUGUUGGCCACAAGUUCCGAUCAAUCACCUCCAGCUCAAUCUGAUCAACCAGUUCAGUACAUCAACCCGGACUUGUACCUUGGGCCUGAUGAGGAUCUGAUUGAUUGUGAUGAUGAGCCGGGGUCUGUCUAUGCACAUUGUGAGUCUCCGGUCCCAUCUGAAGUUUCCAUGUCAUAUGAGAGACCCGCUGAAUGCAAUCCAGCACAUCCAGAGCUCACCAAUGAAGAUUUGUAUGCAAUGGUUCGUGAGUUCCGGCCAAUAGGGUCAUUCAAGCACUCCGGAUUGCAAUCCCUUCAAGAUAGACUCAGCAGCUACAAACAUGAUAAUGGAGGUCUUCCGGUGCAUUCCAUACCACUACUCAUUGAGGCCGAGCGACCGUUUCAAAUGGGUUGGGCGGAUACAUCUGACAAGCUCCGGAGGGCUGAUGCUGAGCUACAGAGGCUGAGAAGAGCUGAACAGGCAAGCAUCGAAAUGCUCAAGGUGGUAGAUUCCAUGAUUCGUCAGUGUGAAGAACAAAAUCAAAACUAA